AUGUUUGCAAUUUCGAGAAGCCUCCGGUUGAGCCGCUGCCUUUCGGCCUUCGGACGCGGUCUGAGCGCAUCCAGUUCGCCUGGACCGCGCACCCUAGUCGCCAUCGACUUCGACAGAACCAUCGUGGAGCAGGACUCCUAUUUGGCGGUGAGCCAGCUGCUGCCGACCAGUCAGCGCAAGGAGCUGCAGGACCAGAUCCCCAAGUGCGGCUGGCUGAGUUUCAUAAGCGGAGUGCUGCAGCGCCUGCAUGGCGAGCACAAGGUGAACUCCGCGUCGGUGGGCAAGCGUGUGCGCAGUCUCACAGCCGUGCCUGGAAUGCUGCGGGUGGUGCGCCGCUUGGCCAGGAUCCCUGAGCUCGAACUGUGCAUCGUCAGCGACGCCAACUCCUUCUUCAUCGGCGAGUGGCUGGAGGCGUACGCCAUUGAGUGCCUCUUUGCCGGCGGCGUGUUCACCAAUCCCGCCUGCGUCCAGGCGAGCGGCGAGGUGCUGGUGCUGCCCUACCAGGAGCAGACUGACUGCGAUCUCUGCCCCUCCAACAUGUGCAAGGGCUCCGUGAUGGAGGAGCUGACGUGCAGCGGGCGAUACGAGCGCGUGAUCUAUGUGGGCGAUAGUUGCAACGAUCUGUGCGCCAUGAAGCGGCUGCGGCAAAUGGACGUGGCCUGCGUCCGGCGCGGAUUCGAGCUGCACGGAAAGAUGACCGCCCAUGGCCAGGAACUGGCCUGCUCCGUGCUCACAUGGCGCGACGGCCACGAGCUGGAGGAGCUCCUGAUGCCCAAAAUCGUGGCGUAGAGUUUGUGGUAAGGCCAGGUUAUUAAUGCUGCUGUUUUAUUCGACUUAAAAAUAAAUCUUUCAGUAUGUAUACAUAAGAAUAAUUCCACUUAAUAUGAAGGACUUAAGAUUUACUUUUCGCGGAAAGUGGAUUACCCACCAGCUCUCUCCAGCCGAGGUCUGCAGCUGGGCCCGUCUGUGGAUCCACUUCGUCUUAAGUAGACCGAAAACUUAGAGCUACCUAUCCUGCGGCGGUAUUAGAACUGUUGCCUAACAAUAUUUCACACAUGGUUCUUCCACACUUCCACUUCCACAUCCACAUCCUCCUACCUAAUCCUCGCUAGCCACAUCUGUAUCUGUUCUUGUGCUUCAAUCUUAUAGCUAUAGCUAGUAUAUCUAUAUAUAUAUAUUUAUAUAUAUAUAUAUAUAUAUAUGUGUUUGCUUGUUUGUGUGUGUGGUGUGUGUGUGGGUCCGAGUGUUGGGUUAUGUGUUAGCAUAAAUUACAUUUAUAAUACAUUCUUAGCCAUACGAUUGCAGAGUGGCACCCGGCUCCCCAAUCCCCGAUCCUCGAUCCUCCGCCGAGCCAAGUCCCUUCCCCGCUUACGAAUCUACCGAAACUAAUCUAAACUAAACGAAACGAAAAAAAAAAGGACAAGCAGCUACCGCACAUGAAGACACUACUUAGGCUGUGCUUAACUACUUACAUGGGCUAGAGGGCGUGGUUCCUAUAAAUACACACAUAUACAUGUUCAAAAAUUCGGCGCAUAAGACGUUUAAAAUCAGAGUUAUGUCUACAGAAGAUACAGAUGCACAGUGCGCACGGUGGCUUAGACUUAGACUUGGCUGAGAAAUAGAAA